GUGAGGGGAGGAACAGAUACUCUUUCUUCUUCCGAAGGCACGCGGCAUGAAGCUUCGCAUUGGUAGUGCCGAAUUAGAAUUAGGAAGUGAGCAUCUAAGGUUGCUGGAAGACUCAAGUCACCUUCUACACAGCGCAAAGGCGCUACAAGAUGAGAUAGAUAAGAAGGGGUAUCUGUUUAUCAGAGGUUUACAUGAUCGAGACUGCGUACUGCAAGCCCGGCUAGCUGUUCUUGACUACAUGAGGCAAUACAAAGACGACAUUUUGGAUUCAAGCUAUAGGUGGCAAGAUGGAGUACUGAAUUCUCAAUGUCAAGCUGGAUGUGUGCCCUUUAUGGAGGGUAAGAAUGAUAUUACCCAUUGCAAAGAAGUAUUGCAAGUUCUGGAGGGUCAUAGAGUGAGAAACUUUUUUGAGAAGCUCUUUGGAGAACAUGCAAAGACAUUUGACUUCAAGUGGCUGAGAGCUAUGUACAGUGAAGGAUUUACAGGUGCACAUGUUGACAAAGUUUAUAUGGGUCGUGGUACUGACAAACUGUACACAAUUUGGACACCAUUUGGAGAUGUGCCCACAGAAAUGGGUACUCUAGCUGUAGUGGAAGGCUCUCAUAGACUGCCAGAAUUCAAAAAGUUCCAGGAGACCUACGGAAAUAUGGAUGUGGAAGCAGAAACUCUUCAAGGGACAGGAUGGUUUACAGAAGAUCCUAUGGAAAUUAUAAAGAGAUUUGGUGGUACUUGGAAAACAGCAAAUUUUAAUGCUGGUGAUGUGUUAGUCUUUACUUACAGAACUGUCCACAUGUCUACAGUCAAUACCACUCAUUAUGCCAGAAUCAGCUGUGAUACAAGGUGGCAACCAGCCAGUCAUGCUGCUGAUCCACGCUACAUUGGUGACAUUAAACAGAUUGAAAAUCCCAAGUUUGGUGUUCAUGCGCAGACAGCUAAAGCAGACAGUGAUCAACCUUAUGUCACAAUUGAAGAGAAGAAAAAAGAAUGGGGAUUUUACUAG